GUCGUUUUCUCUGAGUGAAAAAUUGUGCAAAUUUCAUUGAAAUUAUCGUAUAAACUUCGUUAAAAGCUGUGAUUUUCCCAUCCUAUCUUGUAAACGAUGGGGGAUUCACUGGAAACCACUGUCCUGGGCAGCUUGGGCAGUGAUCCGCCGCAAUCGGUGGAUGCUGAAUCAGUCGCCAUUAUGGACUACGACGGCUUCACCAAUUACAUUCGUAAGGCGGUGACCAUUCUACUGCCGGAGGAAGAUGUCGUUCCGAUGCCGCUGAAUGCUGCCCUUGAGGAUCCGGUAAAUCAGGACUGCAUCCGCAAGUUUCUUUCCGAUCCGCAAACGCAGGCUUUGUACAUCCAACGGUCCUGUUUCAAGGAUGAUGAAAAUGAGCCGCCAACGGAAGGUGAGGAGGAGAAGGAUGCUGUCUCGUACUAUAUCAGCAACGAUGUGCACUUCACAAACCAGCGCAUGGCUUCGCUGGUGUGCAUCAAACGAAGUGCCGUCAUAGAAGCGGAUAAAUCUAUUCUGUCGCAGAUUCGGGUGAUCAACUUUUCCGAAGGUUCGCCAUACGAAACACUGCACUCAUUCAUCAGCAAGACUCUGGCUCCGUACUUCAAAAGUUAUGUUAAGGAGUCAGGUCGUGCCGAUCGUGAUGGCGAUAAAAUGGCUCCUUCGGUGGAGAAAAAGCUCGCCGAGCUGGAAAUGGGUUUGCUGCAUUUGCAGCAAAACAUUGACAUUCCGGAAGUUACAUUAAAUAUCAACGGAACGGUUGCACAAGUUGUGAAAAAAUGCGCUGACGAAGGACGAAAGGCUAAGAUUACCGACUUUGGAGAUAAAGUGGAAGAUUCUACUUUUUUGAAUACCUUGCAAAAUGGAGUUAAUCGAUGGAUUAAAGAAAUUCAGAAAGUUACUAAACUGGAUCGCGAUCCUUCAUCGGGAACUGCACUACAGGAGAUCUCGUUCUGGCUAAAUCUAGAGCGUGCCCUGCAUCGAAUUCAAGAAAAACGAGAAUCUCCGGAGGUCGCUCUUACAUUAAACAUUCUGAAACAUGGCAAACGAUUCCACGCAACCGUGUCAUUCGACACUGAUACUGGACUGAAACAGACCCUGGCAAUGGUGGCCGACUACAACCCUCUGAUGAAAGAUUUUCCGAUCAACGAUUUGCUAUCUGCUACUGAGUUGGACAAAAUCCGUCAAGCUGUUCAAUCGAUUUUCAACCACUUGCGUAAAAUUCGAAGCACCAAGUAUCCAAUUCAGCGUUGUCUUCGGUUGAUCGAGGCGAUUUCCAGAGAUCUCAGUCAGCAAUUGCUCAAAGUCCUGGGAACCCGUCGUUUGAUGCAUAUUCCAUUCGAUGAAUUUGAACGUGUAAUGAAUCAAUGCUUUGAAGUAUUCAGCUGCUGGGAUGAUGAGUACGACAAACUGCAGGGCAUCCUGCGAGACAUCGUUAAAAAGAAGCGUGAUGAGCACAUUAAAAUGGUUUGGCGCAUUGCACCGGCACAUAAAAAGUUGCAGCAACGCAUGGAGCACAUGCGUAAGUUCCGUCGCCAGCAUGAACAGCUUCGGACAGUAAUUGUUCGUGUUCUGCGCCCGGCUAGGCAACCUUCCGGAAUAAAUGGUGCCGGAGAUGCAGCCAACGUAGACGCAAAACAACCGUACAGUCUUGAUAGUGCCGAUGCUAAUGCAAUCGAAGAGGUAAAUCUGGCCUACGAGAACGUGAAGGAGAUCGAGUGUUUGGAUAUUUCCAAGGAAGGCUCGGAAGCGUGGGAUGCCGCUAUCAAGCGGUACGAAGAAAGGAUUGACCGUGUAGAAACACGCAUUACGGCACAUCUGCGCGAUCAACUUGGAACGGCUAAAAAUGCCAACGAGAUGUUCCGUAUCUUUUCGCGCUUCAAUGCGCUGUUUGUCAGACCGCACAUUCGUGGUGCAAUUCGUGAAUAUCAAACACAACUGAUUCAACGUGUGAAGGAUGAUAUAGAAGCUUUGCAUGAGAAGUUCAAGGUUCAAUACCCUCAAAGCAAAAGUUGUCGUUUGUCGGUGGUACGCGAUUUGCCACCAGUCGCUGGUUCCAUCAUCUGGGCCCGUCAAAUCGAUAACCAACUGACCAUGUAUUUGAAGCGCGUCGAAGACGUCCUCGGCAAGGGUUGGGAGUCGCAUAUCGAAGGGCAGAAGUUGAAAGCCGAUGGAGACAGCUUCCGUGCCAAACUGUCCACGGCGGAAGUCUUUCAAGAAUGGGCUCGCAAAGUACAGGAACGUAAUACUGGCAUUACCGGUCGAAUCUUCCUCAUUGAAUCGACCCGUUCCCGUACCGGCAGGGGUAACACGCUACGUUUGAGAGUUAAUUUCUUGCCGGAAAUUAUCACUCUCUACAAGGAAGUACGCAAUUUGAAGAGCUUGGGAUUCCGCGUUCCGCUGGCAAUUGUCAACAAAGCGCACCAGGCGAAUCAACUGUAUCCGUUCGCGAUUUCCCUGAUUGAAAGUGUUCGUACCUACGAACGUACGCUGGAAAAGAUCGAAGACCGUGCCAGUAUCAUUCCGCUUGUUGCCGGCUUACGCAAGGAGGUGCUGGCUCUGAUCUCCGAAGGAAUCGCUCUGGUUUGGGAAAGCUACAAGCUUGAUCCGUACGUUCAGCGGCUGUCGGAAAACGUUACCUCCUUCCAGGAGAAGGUUGAAGAUUUGCUAGUUGUAGAAGAACAGUUGGAUGUUGAUGUGCGCUCGCUCGAAACGUGCCCAUACAGUGCCGCCACUUUUGCCGAUAUUCUGUCCAAAAUUCAACACGCCGUCGACGAUCUUUCACUGAAGCAGUACUCCAACUUGCACGUUUGGGUCGCCCGGCUGGAUGAAGAAGUCGAGAAAAAACUGGCUGCUCGCUUGCAAGCUGGCAUUCAAGCUUGGACCGAUGCAUUGACUGGUAACAAGAAAGAACUGGAUUUGUCGAUGGAUACGGAUGCUCCGGCACAGCCGACCAUUAAACCGGGUGGCGAUCCGCAAAUCCAGAAGGCGAUACACGAGAUUCGCAUCACCAAUCAGCAAAUGUAUCUUUAUCCUUCCAUUGAGGAAGCCCGUUUCCAGAUCAUGCAACAGUUGUUUGCUUGGGAGGCCAUUGUGACAUCGCAAACACGGCUGCAAAGUUCCCGCUACCAGGUAGGACUCGACAAACCCGUUUCUCAGACAUACAGAAACCUGUUGACCAAGUUGCCUGGCGGUUCGGAUCCGUUGGAGGGCGCUUACGGAGCAAUUGAAAAUCAAAUUUCCGAAGUGCGCAACUACGUUGACGAAUGGCUGCGUUAUCAGAGCUUGUGGGACUUGCAGGCGGAUAUCCUAUACGGACGACUUGGCGAGGAUAUUAAUCUCUGGAUCAAGUGCUUGAACGAUAUCAAAAAAUCACGAACGACUUUCGAUACUUCCGAUACACGUCGGGCUUACGGACCGAUUGUGAUCGAUUACGCCAAGGUACAAGCUAAGGUCACACUGAAGUACGAUUCGUGGCACAAGGAAGCUUUGAGUAAAUUUGGACAGCUGCUGGGUAACGAAAUGACCACCUUCCACACCAAGGUGUCGAAGAGCCGAAGCGAUUUGGAGCAGCAAAGCAUUGAAGCUGCUAGCACUUCGGAUGCAGUUUGUUUCAUAACCUAUGUGCAGUCACUGAAGAAAGAGAUGCUCGUUUGGGACAAGCAGGUUGAAGUCUACCGCGAGGCACAACGCAUUCUUGAGCGGCAGAGAUUCCAAUUCCCCAAUAACUGGUUACACGUGGAUAACAUCGAGGGUGAAUGGUCUGCUUUCAAUGAAAUCAUGAAGCGGAAGGAUUCGGCCAUUCAAACACAGGUGGCUAGUUUGCAAAGCAAGAUUGUUGCGGAAGAUAAGGCAGUUGAAACCAGAACACUGGACUUCCUUAACGAUUGGGAAAAGAAUAAGCCCACCGGUGGUCGCACCCGGCCGGAUGAUGCUCUGCAGCAGUUGCAUAUUUUCGAAACUAAAUUCUCGCGUCUCAAGGAGGAACGAGACAAUGUGGCAAAGGCAAAGGAAGCACUGGAAUUGCAAGAGUCGGCAAUUCCUAACAACAGCACCGAACGAAUGUCGGUUGUUUUGGAGGAAUUGCAGGAUUUGCGAGGAGUUUGGAGUGAACUUUCCAAGAUUUGGGCUCAAAUUGAUGAAACUCGUGAGAAGCCGUGGCUUUCGGUGCAACCUAGAAAGCUUCGUCAGUCGCUGGAAGCGAUGAUGAAUCAGCUUAAGGAGCUUCCGGCACGACUGCGCAUGUACGAAAGCUACGAAUAUGUCAGGAAACUUCUGCAGACUUACAUCAAAGUUAAUAUGAUGAUUGUCGAGCUUAAGUCCGAUGCCCUGAAGGAGCGCCAUUGGAAACAACUGACCAAGCAGCUACGCGUCAGCUGGGUGCUCUCUGACUUAACUUUGGGACAAGUUUGGGACGUGAAUUUGCAGAAAAAUGAGUCGAUCGUGAAGGAUAUUAUUCUGGUUGCGCAAGGAGAAAUGGCGUUGGAGGAGUUCUUGAAGCAGGUUCGCGAAAGCUGGCAAAACUAUGAGCUGGAUUUGAUCAACUACCAGAAUAAAUGUAGAAUCAUCCGUGGUUGGGACGAUCUGUUCAACAAGGUUAAGGAGCAUAUUAAUUCGGUGGCUGCGAUGAAGCUGUCUCCCUACUAUAAGGUAUUUGAGGAGGAAGCUCUAACUUGGGAGGAGAAGUUGAAUCGUAUCAACUCGCUGUUCGAUGUCUGGAUCGAUGUUCAACGUCGUUGGGUUUAUCUGGAAGGUAUCUUCUCGGGAAGUGCUGAUAUCAAGACCUUGCUGCCAGUGGAAACGUCUCGCUUCCAGAGUAUCAGCUCCGAAUUUCUAGGACUAAUGAAGAAGGUUGCCAAAUCACCGAAGGUGAUCGAUGUGCUGAAUAUCCCGGCGGUGCAGCGUUCCCUGGAACGGUUGGCCGAUCUGCUUGGAAAGAUACAGAAAGCUUUGGGAGAAUAUCUGGAGCGGGAGAGAACUUCGUUCCCAAGAUUCUACUUUGUGGGCGAUGAAGAUUUGCUUGAAAUUAUCGGUAACAGCAAAAAUGUGGCUCGGCUGCAGAAGCACUUUAAGAAAAUGUUUGCUGGCGUUGCAUCUAUUUUGCUAAACGAAGAUAACACCAUCAUCUUGGGUAUUGCUUCGCGCGAAGGGGAGGAGGUCAAAUUCACCAAACCUGUUUCCACUGUCGAACACCCGAAAAUCAACGAAUGGCUGACGCUGGUCGAGAAAGAGAUGCGAUUCACUUUGGCGUCCUAUUUGGCGCAGGCCGUUCAGGAUAUUAAACAAUUUAAGGAUGAAAUCGAUACUCAAAAGUACAUGGAAUGGUGUGAUAAGUAUCAAGCACAGAUCGUUGUUUUGGCAGCUCAAAUUCUCUGGUCCGAGGAUGUGGAAGCAGCCUUGCAGCAAGCUUCCGACAGUCCAAACAAUAAAUCUCCCCUAAAUCGUGUGUUGGCGACCGUUGAAGCUACACUGAACGUCCUAGCAGACUCGGUUCUACAAGAACAACCAGCUUUGCGUCGUAAGAAGCUCGAACAUUUGAUUAACGAAUUUGUCCACAAGCGUACCGUCACUCGUCGUUUGAUCGCCCAUGGAGUUAACAAUCCAAAAUCUUUCCACUGGCUUUGUGAAAUGCGUUUCUACUUUGAUCCUCGUCAAACGGAAGUUUUACAGCAACUCACGAUCCACAUGGCAAACGCUCGUUUCUACUAUGGCUUCGAGUAUUUGGGAGUUCAGGAUCGACUGGUACAGACCCCGCUAACCGAUCGCUGCUACCUAACGAUGACGCAGGCACUCGAAUCGCGGCUUGGAGGUUCCCCGUUCGGUCCAGCCGGUACGGGUAAGACUGAAUCGGUGAAAGCGCUCGGUAAUCAGUUGGGUCGUUUCGUGCUCGUGUUCAAUUGCGAUGAAACGUUCGAUUUCCAAGCGAUGGGACGCAUCUUUGUUGGCCUUUGCCAAGUUGGAGCAUGGGGAUGCUUCGAUGAAUUCAACCGUCUGGAAGAACGGAUGCUGUCAGCCGUAUCGCAGCAGAUUCAAACCAUCCAAGAGGCUCUCAAAUCUCAGCAGGACAGUCUAAAGGACGCCCAAAGCAUUACCGUCGAGUUGGUUGGAAAGCAGGUCCGCGUAUCCACCGAUAUGGCUAUCUUUAUUACCAUGAAUCCAGGCUAUGCUGGACGUUCCAAUCUGCCGGAUAAUUUGAAGAAACUUUUCCGCUCGCUAGCGAUGACAACUCCAGACCGGCAGCUGAUUGCCGAGGUUAUGCUUUUCAGUCAGGGUUUCCGAACUGCGGAGAAAUUAGCCUGCAAAAUUGUUCCGUUCUUCAAACUUUGCGACGAACAGCUGUCCAACCAAUCUCACUACGACUUUGGGCUGCGUGCGCUAAAGUCCGUGCUGGUGUCGGCCGGUAAUGUGAAACGCGAUCGUAUUAUGAGAAUCAAGGAACAGAAAAAGCAAAGUGGCGAGGAAAAUAUCGAUGAAGCUUCGAUCGCGGAGAAUUUGCCGGAGCAGGAAAUUCUGAUUCAGUCCGUUUGCGAGACUAUGGUUCCCAAGCUGGUAGCGGAGGAUAUUCCGCUGCUGUUCUCUUUGUUGAGUGAUGUAUUCCCCAAUGUUGGUUAUACCCGUGCCGAAAUGAAAGGAUUGAAGGAUGAAAUCCGAAAGGUGUGCGCCGAAGAGUAUCUGGUUUGCGGCGAAGGUGACGAGCAAGGUGGUGCAUGGAUGGAAAAGGUUCUGCAACUGUAUCAAAUUUCCAACCUCAACCAUGGUUUAAUGAUGGUUGGUCCGUCUGGUUCUGGAAAAUCGACCGCUUGGCGGGUGCUUCUGAAAGCCUUGGAACGUUACGAGGGCACUGAAGGUGUUGCUCAUGUUAUCGACCCGAAGGCAAUCUCAAAGGAAGCGUUGUACGGUGUGCUGGAUCCAAAUACACGCGAAUGGACCGACGGAUUGUUCACACACAUUUUGCGUAAAAUCAUUGAUAAUGUGCGUGGAGAAAUUAACAAACGCCAAUGGAUUAUCUUUGAUGGUGACGUAGACCCGGAGUGGGUUGAAAAUCUUAACUCGGUGUUGGACGACAACAAACUGUUGACUCUACCGAAUGGUGAGCGACUUUCGCUCCCUCCUAACGUGCGAAUCAUGUUUGAAGUUCAGGACUUGAAGUAUGCCACGCUGGCCACCGUAUCUCGAUGUGGUAUGGUUUGGUUCUCGGAGGAUGUUCUGUCAACGGAAAUGAUCUUCGAAAAUUAUAUGGCUCGUUUGAAGAAUAUUCCACUGGAAGAUGGAGAGGAGGAGAGUUUCACCCAGGCAAAGGCAAACGAUAAGGAUGACGAAUUGACUCCAGCGUUGCAAACUCAAAGAGAAAUUGCUUCUUUGCUUCAGCCUUACUUCACAUCAGAUGGGUUGGUCGUGCGCUGUCUGGAAUAUGCCAUGGCACAGGAACACAUCAUGGAUUUCACGCGUCUACGAGCACUCAGUUCUCUGUUUUCUAUGCUUAAUCAAGGUGCACGGAACGUGCUGAAUUUCAAUCAACAACAUCCCGAUUUCCCGGUCCCGCCAGAACAGCUUGAACAGUACAUUCCUAAGCUACUGAUCUACUCGCUUCUCUGGUCGUUUGCUGGCGACGCAAAACUGAAAGUUCGUUCCGACCUCGGUGAUUUCCUACGCAGUGUCACUACUGUCGCACUGCCGGCACAAUCUGGCAACCCGAUAGUCGAUUUCGAAGUCAACAUACAAGGAGAUUGGGUUCCGUGGUCCAACAAGGUACCAGUUAUCGAGGUUGAAACCCACAAGGUUGCUGCUCCGGAUGUUGUCGUCCCCACACUUGACACUGUGCGUCACGAGUCGCUGCUAUAUACUUGGUUGGCCGAACAUAAACCACUGGUUCUCUGUGGUCCACCAGGUUCCGGUAAGACGAUGACUCUAUUUUCGGCUCUACGCGCACUUCCCGACAUGGAAGUGGUCGGAUUGAACUUUUCUUCCGCAACCACUCCGGAGCUGUUGCUGAAGACCUUCGAUCACUACUGUGAAUACCGAAAAACACCUAAUGGAGUUGUGCUAGCUCCUGUCCAGCUAGGCAAGUGGCUGGUUCUUUUCUGCGAUGAAAUCAAUCUUCCAGAUAUGGAUUGCUACGGUACACAGCGUGUCAUUUCCUUCCUCCGACAGUUGGUUGAACACCGUGGUUUCUAUCGGGCUGGAGAUCAGUCUUGGGUAACGCUCGAACGUAUCCAGUUCGUCGGAGCUUGUAAUCCACCAACCGAUCCAGGUCGUAAGCCUCUUUCGCAUCGCUUCCUGCGUCACGUUCCAAUUAUCUACGUCGACUAUCCUGGCGAAACAUCACUCAAGCAGAUUUACGGUACCUUCAGUCGUGCUAUGUUGCGUCUGAUGCCGAAUCUCCGUGGUUACGCCGAACCACUCACCAACGCAAUGGUGGAAUUCUACUUGGCCUCACAGGAUCGAUUCACGCAGGACAUGCAACCGCACUACGUCUAUUCGCCGCGUGAAAUGACCCGCUGGGUUCGAGGUAUCUGCGAAGCCAUCCGCCCGCUGGACAAUCUACCUGUCGAAGGACUGGUUCGUUUGUGGGCUCACGAAGCGUUGCGUUUAUUCCAGGAUCGUCUGGUUGAAGAAUCCGAACGUCGAUGGACUAACGAAAAUAUUGAUCUCGUAGCAAUGAAGCACUUCCCCAGUGUCGAUCGCGAAAAGGCCCUUGAACGACCAAUUCUGUACAGUAAUUGGUUGUCCAAAGAUUACAUGCCCGUUAAUCGUGUGGAAUUGCGAGAUUACGUCAAGGCUCGUUUGAAGGUGUUCUACGAGGAAGAACUGGACGUUCCCUUGGUGUUGUUUGAUGAAGUACUAGAACAUGUGCUGAGAAUCGACCGUAUUUUCCGUCAACCGCAAGGACAUUUACUGUUGAUCGGUGUUUCAGGAGCCGGUAAAACAACCCUCUCCCGUUUCGUUGCCUGGAUGAAUGGGUUGUCCAUCUUCCAAAUUAAGGUACACAACAAGUACACGAGCGAGGAUUUUGAUGAGGAUCUGCGAUGCGUUUUGAGACGAGCCGGUUGCAAAGACGAAAAAAUCGCCUUCAUUCUUGAUGAAUCCAACGUGCUGGACUCCGGUUUUCUGGAACGAAUGAAUACCCUACUUGCGAACGGUGAAGUCCCUGGAUUAUUCGAAGGUGACGAGUACACCACCCUCAUGACACAGUGCAAAGAGGGCGCUCAACGCGAAGGACUGAUGCUUGAUUCAAGCGAUGAACUCUAUAAAUGGUUUACCCAGCAAGUAAUGCGCAAUCUGCAUGUGGUAUUCACAAUGAACCCUUCGACCGAUGGUCUAAAAGACCGUGCAGCAACAUCCCCUGCUCUGUUCAAUCGAUGCGUACUGAACUGGUUCGGUGACUGGUCAGACUCAGCUCUGUUCCAAGUGGGCAAAGAAUUCACGGUGCGAGUUGAUCUUGAUAAACCGACCUGGACUGCUUCAGACUUCUUCCCGGCAGCUUGUCCAUUGAUCAGCAACACCCCAUCGCAUCGCGAAGCAGUAAUUAACGCAUGUGUUUAUGUUCACCAAACCCUGCACAAGGCAAAUGCACGCCUGGCGAAACGUGGAGGACGAACGAUGGCCAUAACACCACGGCACUAUCUAGACUUUAUUCAUCACUUUGUUAAACUAUACUCGGAGAAGCGCAGCGAUCUAGAGGAACAGCAGCUGCAUCUGAACGUUGGUCUCAAUAAGAUUGCAGAAACUGUAGAACAGGUAGAAGAAAUGCAAAAAUCUCUCGCCGUCAAAUCUCAAGAACUGCAAGCAAAGAAUGAUGCAGCCAACGCUAAACUGAAGCAGAUGUUCAAAGAUCAACAGGAAGCGGAAAAGAAAAAGGUCCAAUCGCAAGAAAUUCAACAACAGUUGGCCGAACAAACCAUCAAAAUCGAAGAGAAACGCAAGGACGUCAUGGCUGAUUUGGCCCAGGUCGAACCAGCGGUUAUUGAUGCUCAAGCCGCUGUUAGCAACAUUAAAAAGAAACAGCUGGCCGAGGUACGAACAAUGGCCAACCCGCCGGGUCCGGUUAAACUGGCGCUGGAAUCAGUAUGUCUACUGCUUGGAGAAGACGACCGCGGUGGCGACUGGAAAGCCAUUCGCCAGAUUUUGGUGAAAGACAGCUUUAUUACGUCGAUUGUCAAAUUCGACACGUCUCAAAUUACUGACGAUGUUCGCGAGAAGAUGAAAUCCAGAUAUCUCAGCAAUCCGGACUAUAACUUCGAGAAGGUAAACCGUGCCUCAAUGGCUUGCGGUCCCAUGGUGAAAUGGGCCAUCGCUCAGGUCGAGUAUGCCGACAUGUUGAAGCGCGUUGAACCACUUCGCGAUGAGUUAAGUUCACUGGAACGGCGCGCCGAAACCAACAUCAAGCACGGUAGGGAAGUGAAGGAUCUGAUUGCACAGCUCGAACAGAGCAUCGCUUCCUAUAAGGAGGAAUACGCUCAGCUCAUUUCGCAGGCUCAGGCCAUUAAAACCGAUCUGGAAAAUGUACAAGCCAAGGUGGACCGUUCAAUCGCCUUGCUUAAGAGUUUGGUCAUCGAACGGGAACGCUGGGAGGCAACCAGCGAAACUUUCCGCUCACAGAUGUCGACCAUCAUCGGAGACGUACUUCUGUCAGCGGCCUUUAUCGCUUAUGGUGGAUACUUCGAUCAGCACUACCGCAGUAAUCUAUUCUCCACCUGGUGUCAACAUCUGCAAGCGGCUAACAUUCAGUUCCGGGCGGAUAUCGCUCGUACAGAGUAUUUAUCCAACCCGGAUGAAAGACUGCGCUGGCAGGCAAAUGCUUUGCCAACCGACGAUCUGUGCACUGAAAACGCAAUCAUGCUGAAACGUUUCAACCGAUACCCGUUGAUAAUCGAUCCUUCCGGACAGGCCACUGAAUUCAUCAUGAACGAAUUCAAAGAUAAGAAAAUCACCAAAACGAGCUUCCUCGACGAUUCGUUCCGUAAAAACUUGGAGUCGGCUUUGCGUUUCGGUAAUCCACUUCUGGUACAGGACGUCGAGAAUUACGAUCCGAUUUUGAACCCCGUGCUUAAUCGAGAGCUGCGACGCACAGGUGGACGUGUGCUGAUAACUCUUGGUGAUCAGGAUAUUGAUCUGUCGCCGUCGUUUGUGAUCUUCCUGUCGACACGCGAUCCAACUGUAGAGUUUCCACCGGAUAUUUGCUCUCGUGUCACAUUUGUGAAUUUCACCGUCACGAGAAGUUCACUGCAGUCUCAAUGUUUGAAUCAAGUUUUGAAGGCAGAACGGCCAGAUAUCGAUGAAAAGCGGUCCGAUCUGUUGAAGCUGCAGGGCGAGUUCCAUCUGCGUCUUCGCCAACUGGAGAAGAGCUUGCUUCAGGCUUUGAACGAUGCUAAGGGUAAGAUCCUGGAUGAUGACUCCGUUAUUACAACACUGGAAACGCUGAAGAAGGAAGCAGCUGAUAUUGGUCAGAAGGUCGAAGAAACCGAUAAGGUUAUUGCCGAAAUUGAAACGGUUUCCCAACAAUACCUGUCGCUAUCGCAGGCUUGCAGCAACAUUUACUUCACGAUGGAUAGCUUGAAUCAAGUGCACUUCCUGUAUCAAUACUCGCUGAAGAUGUUUUUGAACAUUUUUAGCACCGUUCUACACAAUAACCCAAGAUUGGAAGGCAAGACUGACCAUACUGGACGUUUAUCUAUAAUUACAUCCGACUUGUAUCGUGUAUGCUACGAACGAGUUGCUAGAGGUAUGCUGCAUGCCGAUCGCCUAACAUUCGCAAUCCUGCUUUGCCGAAUCCAUCUGAAAGGUACAAGUGAACCUAAUCUAGACCAGGAAUUCAGCUUUUUCCUGCGCAACAAGGAAGGAUUGGUAUCGUCUUCUUAUCACAUCGAUGGAGUUAACGCUGAACAACUCGAAUCCGUCACACGCUUAUCGAACCGGCUACCAAUGUUCCGCAAGCUGCUAGACAAGAUCAAAUCCAUGCCAGAACUUUCAGCCUGGUUGCAGCAGGGAUCCCCGGAACAAAACGUUCCCGUACUAUGGGAUGAAUCCAAAGCUCUGUCUUCAAUUUCAGCUGCUAUGCAUCAGCUACUGUUGAUCCAAGCCUUCAGACCGGAUAGAGUUAUAGCGGCCGCCCAUAUCUUCGUAGACACCGUACUGGGCGAGGAUUUCAUGCCUCAAGCCGAAAAGGAACUCGACUUUGGUGCUUGCGUCGAAAAAGAACUCACCAGCAACACACCGGCUCUGCUUUGCUCGGUGACUGGUUACGAUGCUUCCUCUCGAGUGGACGACUUGGCUGCUGAAUUGAACAAACAAAUCACCAGCAUUGCUAUCGGUUCCGCUGAAGGUUUCAACCAAGCCGAACGUGUUAUAAAUAUGGCUUGUAAAUCUGGACGAUGGGUGCUACUGAAGAACGUUCAUUUGGCACCACAAUGGUUAGUCCAAUUGGAAAAGAAACUGCACUCUCUACAACCUCAUUCUGGAUUCCGACUUUUCCUUACGAUGGAGAUCAACCCGAAGGUUCCCGUUAAUCUUCUGCGUGCAGGUCGUAUUUUCGUGUACGAACCACCACCAGGUAUUCGGGCCAAUCUGUUGCGUACCUUCUCCACUGUUCCGGCGGCACGCAUGAUGAAACAACCUAGCGAGCGAGCUCGACUCUAUUUCCUGCUAUCAUGGUUUCAUGCCAUCGUUCAGGAACGUUUACGCUACGUACCACUUGGCUGGGCCAAAAAGUACGAGUUCAACGAGUCCGAUUUGCGUGUAGCCUGCGAUACUUUGGAUACUUGGAUCGACGCAACAGCUAUGGGACGUACUAAUUUGCCCCCGGAGAAGGUUCCGUGGGACGCACUGGUAACAUUGCUUUCGCAAAGUAUUUACGGUGGUAAAAUCGACAACGAUUUCGAUCAGCGUUUGCUCUCUUCUUUCUUGUCCAAAUUGUUUACGGCGCAUAGCUUUGAAGCCGAAUUUGCACUGGUUGCCAACGUAGAUGGAGUAGCUGGUGGACCGAAUGGCCAGCGACAUAUCACGAUGCCGGACGGAACACGCAGAGAUCAUUUCCUUAAGUGGAUUGAAUCGUUGGCCGAUCGUCAGACUCCAUCCUGGUUGGGUCUACCGAAUAACGCGGAGAAGGUAUUGCUAACUACUCGCGGAACCGAUUUGAUCAGCAAACUGCUGAAAAUGCAACAACUGGAAGAUGAUGAUGAGCUCGCUUACAGCAACGAUGAAAGUUUGGCAACGCAAACUCGCCAAACUAGACAGGAAGAUGGGCGUCCAUCGUGGAUGAAAACGCUGCAUAACAGUGCUCUAACUUGGUUAGAGCUAUUGCCGAAACAGUUAGCUACUCUAAGACGCACUGUAGAGAAUAUUAAAGAUCCACUUUAUCGAUACUUUGAGCGUGAAGUUUCUUCGGGAGCGAAACUACUGCAAACAGUUGUCAGUGACCUGCAGGAUGUGGUUCUAAUUUGCCAAGGGGAAAAGAAGCAAACCAAUUAUCAUCGCACAAUGCUUAGCGAGUUGGUGAGAGGCAUUUUGCCGGCCGGCUGGAGACGUUACACGGUGCCAGCCGGGUGCACCGUUAUCCAAUGGGUCACCGAUUUCAGCCAUCGGGUGCAACAGUUGCAGAAAGUGUCCACUCUGGUUUCCCAAGCUGGAGCCAAAGAACUACAGAGCUUCCCGGUGUGGCUGGGCGGAUUGUUUAACCCGGAGGCGUAUAUUACGGCCACUCGGCAGUGUGUUGCACAGGCUAACAGCUGGUCACUGGAGGAAUUAACCUUGAACGUUACAAUUACCGAAAAUGGCUCCGAUGGUUUCGAUAAUCUCAAAGAUAGCAGCUUCGGUAUUUCGGGUUUGAAAUUGCAAGGUGCCCAGUGCAAAAACAACCAAUUGCUGCUAACUUCGGCCAUUAUGACCGAGUUGCCAUUGACACUGCUCAAGUGGACACGUAUCGAUGCGGAAGGAGCCCGGGCAAUCAAACUUACACUUCCGGUGUAUUUAAAUUCAACCCGAACGGAGUUGCUGUUUACGGUGGAUAUGACCGUGGCACCGGGCCAGGAUCCGCAUAGUUUCUACGAACGUGGCGUGGCUGUUUUGUCGUCGACUGCAUUAAAUUAAAAAGUGCUUGCAAGGCACUGCAUAUAUCUUAACAUUGCUUGUCAUAUAUUAAUAUUUACUCGGUGGCAGUUUAUUACACGUUAAUUAAAAUAUCGUAUCUUAUUCAAGCUUAUGCAAUAUAUAACAACGUACUCAUCAUAAUUGU